AUGUUACAAAACCAAUCCACAUCACAUGAUGAAGCAGACCUUGAACGUCAAGAAACAUUAGUGUCAAAUGCAACUGUAACCAUAAAAACUAUAAACAAUGUCGAUGAUCAGGUUGUUAAAGACAAUAGCCCGUCACCGCCUAAAGAUACUUUACUAUUUGGAGUUGAAUUAUUUUUAGUUGUUUUUGGUCUAGCAUGUGCUAUAUUUUUAGCUGCUUUAGAUCAAACAAUUAUUUCCACCGCUUUACCUAAAAUAGUUUCAGAUUUUAAUGGAUUGGAUCAAAUUGCAUGGGUUGCAACUUCUUAUCUACUCACAACGACUUCUUUUCAACCAAUAUAUGGAAAAUUUUCUGAUAUUUUUGGUCGUAAAGCAACAUUCUUAGUUGCAAUUUCUUUAUUUGAAUUGGGCAGUUUGUUAUGUGGUGUUGCCACCAAUAUGGUUUCGUUGAUAAUAUACCGUGCAAUCGCUGGUAUCGGAGGUGGUGGUAUCUUUGGUCUCGUCUUAAUUAUUAUUUCGGAUAUUGUUAGCUCUAAAGAUCGGGGAAAAUAUCAGGGUAUUGUUGGCGCAUGCUUUGGUAUUGCUUCCGUAGCAGGCCCUCUCAUGGGUGGUGCUUUUACUGAUCAUGUUACUUGGAGAUGGUGUUUCUUCAUUAAUCUUCCUUUAGGUGCAAUAACAGUAAUCGUUGUGGUUUUAUUUCUUCACUUACCAAAACCAACCGGUUCAUUACUUGAUAAAAUUAAGAGAGUUGAUUUUAUCGGCACUAUUGUAAUGAUUUUAUCAACUGUUUGUAUCUUAUUAUCUCUCAAUUGGGGUGGCAAUACUUAUCCUUGGAAUAGUCCCGUGAUUAUAACACUUCUAUGUGUCGGCGCAUUCGGUUACAUAAUAUUCGGUCUUGUUGAAUAUUACAUCGUUACUGAACCCGUUGCUCCACCUACACAAUCUGGAUUAGAUUUCAUGCCUUACAUUCUUGGUGUAGUAGCUUUCGCAAUUCUAAGCGGUCAACUAUUCUCUCGAACAGAUAAAAUAUCGUUUCGAUUAGUGACUCUAAUUUCUUCAUCAUUGACAAUAAUCGGUUCCGGAUUAAUCACUAUGUGGAAGGAAGAUACCGGACAUGGCGAAUAUAUAGGAUACAUGUUACUUGGUGGUGUUGGAAUUGGUGCAAACAUUCAAUCUAUUUUAUUAUGCGCUCAAGGAUUGGUUAAGCCGAAGGAUAUAGCUUCGGUUACUACAUUAACAUUAUUCUUUAGAAGCAUUGGGGCUAUUUUUGGAACUGCAAUCUCAGGAACAGCAUUUAAUAAUAAACUUUCUCGAGAAUUAAGUUCUUUAACUUUACCUCCAUCCUUUUCAACACAAUCUGUAUAUACUAUACAAUCAUUACCACCAAAUACACAGAAAUUGGUCAUUCACGCUUAUGUGUUGGCAUUUCAAUUCACCUUUGCACUUACCAUACUAUAUUGUGGGUUAAUAUUUAUUUCAGCGUUGUUUAUGGGAAAUAGUAAACCGGUACAUAAGAGUAAUGAAGAAAAAGCUGUUGUAUUUGAAUAA